AUGGCGCUGGAACGGGCGCUGCUGGCGGCGCGGCAGGGGGACGUGGAGGCCCUGCGGGGGCUGCGGGCGGCAGGGCUGCUGCGGCCGGGGCUGCGGGACGCGCUGGGCGCCUCCCCCGCGCACCACGCCGCCCGCAACGGCCGCCUCGCCUGCCUCCGCUUCCUGGCGGCCGAGGCCGCUCUGCGCGGGGACGCGCGGGCGCGGAACGGGGCCACACCGGCCCACGACGCCGCCGCCACCGGUAACCUGGGCUGUCUGCAGUGGCUGCUCACGCAGGGCGGCUGCGGCGUGCAGGAUACAGACAACUCCGGUGCCACCAUCCUACACCUGGCAGCCCGCUUCGGUCACCACGAGGUGAUCGAGUGGCUCCUCCGUUUCGGAGGCAGCGACCCCACAGCAGCCACCAACACGGGAGCGCUGCCCGUCCACUACGCCGCGGCCAAAGGGGAUUUCCCUUCCCUGCGACUCCUCUUGGGACACUGCCCCAGCACACUGAGUGCCCAGACCAAGACCGGGGCCACCCCACUGUACCUCGCCUGCCAGGAGGGCCACCUGGAGAUCAUCCAGUACCUGGUGCAGGACUGCGGUGCCGAUCCCCAUGCCCGUGCCCAUGACGGCAUGACCCCGCUGCACGCUGCGGCACAGAUGGGCCAUAACACCGUCAUCGUCUGGCUGAUGAGCUUCACGACGGUGAGCCUGUCGGAGCGCGAUGCCGAGGGUGCCACAGCCAUGCACUUCGCUGCCAGCCGCGGCCAUGCCAAAGUGCUGAGCUGGCUGCUGCUGCACGGAGGGGAGAUCACCGCGGACGGCUGGGGCGGCACACCGCUGCAUGAUGCUGCCGAGAACGGGGAGCUGGAGUGCUGCCAGAUCCUGGUGGUGAACGGCGCCGACCUCAGCAUCCGUGACCAGGAUGGUUACACCGCGGCCGACCUCGCCGACUACAAUGGCCACAGCCAUUGCGCGCAGUACCUGCGCACUGUGGAGAACAUGAGCGUGGAGCACCGCGUGCUGUCGCGGGACCCCUCGGCCGAUGGGGAGUGCCGGCAGCCAGACUCGGGCAUGUCCUCACCCAACACCACGGCCUCGGCACCGCAGGCACGAUUCGAGGUGGGCUCCCCCACCAGCACCCUGUCCAACUACGACUCCUGCCACUCCAGCCAGUCCAGGGCCAUGGGGCCGGCCCCCCCUGACCCCCUGCCCUGCGCAGGGGUGCCCGAGCCGGCGCUGGUGGACAUGCAGGCGUACAUGGACAUGCUGGACCCUGAGACGCGGCCGCGGGGACGGGGGUCUGCAGGGGAGGGUGUCCCCCCACCGCCGCCCCCCACAUUUCCCCCCCCACCGCCACCACCCCCUGGGUACCCUGCUCCCGCACCCCCCACCGCACCCCACACCGCAGACAUCUACGUGCGGGCCAAGAACAACCUGCGGCACGUGGAGAGCCAGAAGCUGCGCCGAGAGUUGGCAUCACGCGAGAGCAGCCCCGAGGGCCUGCGCAGGGUGGACUCCAGCCGGCGGUCGAGGAGCUUUGGCAAGCAGCCGAGCACCGGUGACUACUACAAGCACCUGGGGCACGGUGCAGCCGAGCAGCCCGGCCCCCGGUGGAUGGCACACAGUGAGGAGUCGUCACCCAUCUCAGCGGACACCAUGCGCAAUGGGGAGAGCAAACCCGGUGCUGAGCUGCCGCCACCACCACCACCGCCACCACUGCCCGAUGCCACCAGCGCCACGGCCCCACCACCACCGAUGACGGCCGAGACCCCCUCUGGUGCACGCCGCUCGUCAUCCUCCACUGGAAGAGGAAAGGCGCUCAGGCAGAUGAAGAGCACCAAGUCCUUCAACAUGAUGUCCCCCACCGGUGACAACUCGGAGCUGCUGGCCGAGAUCAAGGCUGGGAAGAGCCUCAAGCCGACGCCACAGAGUAAAGGCUUCACCACCGUCUUCUCCGGCAGCGGCCAGGCAGGGGCCAACGCAGAGUCGCCGGUGUCCUCCCCAUCACCCACCAGGACACCCACCCCACCGGCCACCCCUGAGGCCACUGGGCCACCGCGCUGCCUGGCAGGCAGCUCACCGGAGCCGGUGCUCAACGGGAGCUCGCCGGUGCCGGUGGCCGGCGCCGGGGCAGCGGUGGAGGCGGAGGCGCUGGUGCCGAGCCACGACGAGCAGGGCCGGCCCAUUCCCGAGUGGAAGCGGCAGGUGAUGGUGCGCAAGCUGCAGCUCCGCAUGCAGGAGGAAGAGGAGCAGCGCCGCAAGGAGCAGGAGGAGGAGGCGCGCCUGGCCAGCAUGCCGGCCUGGAGGAGGGACAUCCUGCGCAAGAAGCUGGAGGAGGAGAGGGAGCAGAAACGGAAAGAGCAGGAGAAGCUGAAGCGGGAGGAGGAGGAGAAGGAGAAGGAGCAGUCGGAAAAGCUAAGGACUCUCGGGUACGAUGAGACAAAGCUGGCACCCUGGCAGCGGCAGAUCAUCCUCAAGAAGGGGGACAUAGCCAAGCACUAGCCACGCCAUGCCGUGCCCUGGCUCUUCGUGGUGGGAGGAGGCCAGCAGGUCCCACCAUGGACCAGGACGCGCCUCGGCACCCUCCUCCCUCCGCGGACGGCUCCAUAGCCCGACCCAGAGGAGCCCCUGCUGCCAUCCAUAGCCCCGUCCCGCUGCCACCAGCCCACAGCCACCCCGUGCUGCUCUGUGCACAGCGAGCUCCCUGUGUGCUGCCCGGCAUCACCAUAGCGCCUGGGUUGGCUGCGCUGCCGGCUCCUCGCUGGCACCGCUCUCCGCUGCGGCUGCAGCAUCUUCGGCUCCAGUCCUGCCCCGUCCGGCUCCGGAGCUGCUCCAGGCCGGCUCCCGGCUCCCCUCGCCCCGGCCCGCCUGCCUUCCCUGCCAUUAAACCGAUAAACCCCC